UCUCACUAUUUUUUUUUAGUUCCCUUGUAUUAUACUGAUGGAGUUUUUCAAGGAAUUACUUACUCUCUUUUGUACUGCGGUAGUUGUUUUCGGCGGCGGAUUUUAUUACUUCACUUGCCUGUUUGGCCCCGCGGAGCUGAAGGGUAAAACAGCCGUUCAACUUUCUGGUGGUUCUCUAGAUAAAGAGAAAGUUAAAGAAGGAUACGAACAAUAUUGGUCGUUCUUCCAACGGGGUGUUAAUGGAAAUGAUCUAAAUGCAUCUGAUAAAGUGCCUGCAUUCGUUGACACUUUUUAUAAUCUCGUCACUGAUAUAUAUGAGUGGGGUUGGGGCCAGUCUUUCCACUUCUCCCCAAGUAUUCCGGGGAAGUCUCAUCGCGAUGCCACGCGCAUGCAUGAGGAAAUGGUGGUGGAUCUCCUGGAUCUAAAGCCCAAAGCCCGCAUCCUUGAUGCUGGUUGUGGGGUUGGUGGCCCGAUGAGGGCUAUCGCGGCCCAUUCAGGUGCUAACAUCGUUGGCAUCACUAUUAAUGAGUACCAGGUGGAACGGGCCCGGGCCCACAACAAGAGAUCCGGGCUUGACUCGCUUUGUGAGGUGGUUUGUGGCAAUUUCCUAAAAAUGCCCUUCGAUGACAAUAGCUUCGACGGAGCUUACUCGAUCGAAGCUACAUGUCAUGCCCCAAAACUCGAAGAAGUGUAUACAAAGAUCUACAGGGUGUUAAAGCCUGGAUCACGGUAUGUUUCCUACGAGUGGGUCACGACCGAAUUAUAUGAUUCUGAGGAUCCUGAACACGUGGAGAUAAUUCGGGGGAUUGAAAGAGGCGAUGCAUUGCCCGGGUUGAGAAGCUACAAGGACAUUGCUGAAAUUGCGACCAAAGUAGGUUUUGAGGUGGUGAAAGAAAAGGAUUUGGCUAAGCCACCCGCGGAGCCAUGGUGGACGAGGCUCAAAAUGGGGAGGAUUGCUUACUGGAGGAAUCAUAUCGUGGUGACGAUACUUUCUUGGCUCGGGAUCGCCCCUAAGGGGGUCGUUGAUGUCCACGAUAUGUUGUAUGUGACUGCUGAUUAUUUGGCUAAAGGUGGCGACGCUGGAAUUUUCACUCCCAUGCAUAUGAUUCUUUGUAGGAAGCCUGAAUAGUACACAAUAUCGAUGCGACGAAUAAUCAUGCCUAGUCUAGUUUAGCACUAGUAUCAAUUAUUUUUGGUGUUUGUAGUGGCAUUAUUAGUACCUAGGUUAGUACCAUUAUAGGCAGAUAUAUAGAUAGUUCGAUUAAAAAUAAUUCCUAAUUUGCUUGUCAUCACAACAUCAAUGACACAUGAGGGGAUUGUUUCAUGUUUCAAUAUUUUUUUUGAAGGUUAAUAACAAUAUCUACAUAUA